UCCUCCGCAGCCAAUGGGCUUCGUCCACCUCCCCUUCCGUCACCGCGUGCCUGUGACGUCAGGGGCGGGGCGUGGAGGGAGGGACGGGAGUGGGAAGGCCGCUCCGUCGCCCGGAGGAGGGAACGGGGAUCAAGAUGGUCUACAUCGCGAACGGACAAGUGUUGGACAGCAGGAGUCAGUCCCCAUGGAGAUUAUCUUUGAUAACAGAUUUCUUCUGGGGAAUAGCUGAGUUCGUGGUUUUGUUUUUCAAAACUCUGCUUCAGCAAGAUGUGAAAAAGGGAAGAGGCUACGGAAACUCAUCUGAUUCCAGAUAUGAUGAUGGAAGAGGGCCCCCAGGAAACCCUCCCAGAAGAAUGGGUCGAAUUAAUCAUCUGCGUGGCCCCAGUCCUCCUCCAAUGGCUGGUGGAUGAGGAAGGUAA